GUGGUCUGGCACUCAGGUGGUGCACGCCUGUCCACUCAAUUGAGUGAGCUUAUGCUUAUCCUCUGCCCCACAUCAAGCAUCGUAGCUUCAAGCAAUCCGACAACCUUAUUUGAACAACUUUCCGACAGAACCGUCUCAUCGAUACAUGCCGUAACUAGUUGCAUCAGCUGUUGUAUCUCUCUGUGUAUUAGACACAUAAGAAGUCAAGGGAAAAGUGGCAGGCCAUGUACGCGCACGGCCCGCCUGCGCCGCCGCCGAAACCGCCGGGAAACCAUGAUGUAAGCCGGAUGAGCACGCCGGCCACGGGGCAGGCGCCGCGUCCUCCACCACCGUUGCCGGAAGCGGUGGCGAGCGACUCGGGUCAUACGGCGUCUCUCGCAACGGCACAGGAGAAUGCGGCACAAUCCCAGGCCAUCGCGGAUCCCGGCGAUCAAUGGCUCCCCAAAUUUCUCGAGGAUAAAUCCAAGCAAGACUUGGCAGACAUACUCUCGGAUCCGACACUGCUCUCGGCGCUGACGCACUCGCCGCAGACGAUCCACGCGUCGCUGCGGGCGUCGCACGAGGCGCUGCAGGCGGCGCUGGCCGAGAACAUGGAGCGGGCCGCGCAGCUGCUCGACCUCGAGGCGCGUCUCGCGCACCAGCGGUCGGCGGCGCAGGCGCAGCUGCUGUCGACGCACGCGCUGGAGCGCCAGUGGCGGGCCAAGCAAGCCGAGAUGGACCACGCGCUGGCCCCCUUUGCGCCGGCCAGCCUCUACCAGCGCCUGGCCCGGGGCGUGGCCGAGCAGGAAGGGGUGUGCUACGCGCUCGAGGAGAGCUUCUUGGAGGGCGAGGGGGAUGGCGCACUGGCCACCGAGCGGGAGGCGGGCGACUGGGUCAGGCGGUACCGGGAGGCGAAGAAGCUGUACUACUUGCGGCAGGAAAGGAAGGAGCGAUGGGACGAGGGCCGUGUUGGCGGAUGGCGUUAGCAAAUCGGUGGGAAAUGCGGCAGGGAAGGCAUCCACGGAUGUCCAUUGGCGUCAUGAUAAGGAUCGUAAAUCACGCAAUCCCAUCACACACAAGACACCGCGCGAGAGAGCCCGGGCCAGCCUGCAGACGAACAAGUCCGGACACAUGCCCCUUAUGCCAGGAAAACACACAAAGGUGGGUGG